AUUAUACAUGAAGUCAAAUCUACUUCUAAAGUGAAAUAGUUUAUAAAGAAUCUGGGAAUCUGGGAGUCAUUUUCCACUUGCAAGUUUUCGAAACAUUUGCAAGAUGAGAAUGACCAUGUAAACAAUAGUAAUAAUAGUCUAGAUAAUCCCCAGUGGAAAAGUUGUAAGACGUAGCUUGUGGUUGAAAUGUUCCAUACUUUGUAAUUUAUGUUGCAGUCUCCCAUUUUUUGAUAUUUGCAUGUUGACUAAGGAGGUCUCAUAAAUGCAAUUUCCAUUGAUUACGGUGAAGUCCUUAUCAGCACUUUUAAUAUUUAAACCAUUAAACUAGAGGGGCUUUGUAGGCGUUCACCUCUAAUCUUGAAUCAUAAUUCCGUUAAAUCAAGUUGCUAUUCAUAUAUGAAAACGAUAGUUAGUUUGUCAUAGGCUUUUACUAUGCUCAUGUAUAUACGAAUAAAAGCAUACUGUCAAAUUAUAAAAUUUUUGCGUACAAAAACGACUGUGUAGAAUGCUAAGAUAAAAUUGAAUUCACUGUUGCUUUUAGACCCUGUUCUCGUCAAUAAUGGCUCCAGCUAAUAAUAAGAAUAAAUUGAUGGAAGUAUUUUUGUAUAACGUUGAAGGCAAAGAAGGAAAAUUCAGGGGAACAAAACGCUGUUUUUUUAUUAUGUAGUAAUUCUAAUUGUAAUUAUAAUAAUAAUAUAGUAAAAAGGAAAGAACCCCUCUUUCGUUCAUUCGACUGAUUGAACUGCAAACUGAAAUUGGUUCGAAGAAAAUAUAAAAGAAGCAUAUUGUAGAUCAUUGUUAAGACCAGUAAAACAUAUGCAAAAGGGGACAACCUCCCAUCCUUUAUUGUUUGACAGAAGAAAGAACAAAGACAUUGGAACAACUUAUAUUUCCAAAACGAAGUUCAAAAACCUUUCUUGAUAACCAUUUUUGAGAACAUGCUAACUUGCAAUGAAUUCUUCAUAAAACUUUGGUAAUGAACUCAGAAAUAAACAACUCAACCAAGGAGAAAUAAUAUAUAAUAGGAAACGACAUCUGCGAUCAAAUCUUUCGAGCAACCAAAUUAUCUGUUAAAAUGUGUUUAGUAAUGUGGCGUUGAUAUCGAAUUCCAGGCCACAAAAAAUGAGCUUGUGGGCGAGAUCCGCAGAUGGUGGUAAAGUAACAAGAACACGCAGGGGCUACAAUUUCCCUACCAUUAAGGGUCAAAUCACGAGGCAGGUUUUAGUAUUUACAUUCCUAGAACGUCCACUCCGGCGCUUCACAAUGACCAAUGUUCAUGUUCCACUGCUACAAACAUGUACAGAACGUGGAACUAUUUUCCCACCUUGGAUCUGCAUAUCAUUAAAUUCCCUCCUUAAAUUACACAAAUUAUUUGUUCACUUGCACAUCUUUUUGUUCCUUUCUCUUCUAAGCCAUUAUGGGAAACGAAGCUCAUGACCAACAAUACUCAAAAAAGUUGCAAGCAUUUGCUCACAGCCAAAAGCACAAGCUGAAGCCUAUUAUGCUACUCAUACUCACCAACCUUGCCACCAUUUACAUCUUCACUGGUCCAUUUAGUUUCUUGUACCACUCCUAUACAAGUCCUGGUGACUCAAACUCUAUCUUGCAGGAACUCAACUCCACCAAAGCUCAACUUGCUGCCACUCACUCACUCUUGUCUGAACUGCACCACAGACUCAACUCCUCUAACUUACUUGUCCAGGCACUGCUUAUCGACCUUACGCGUCAACAAGAAAAGCAAUCCAACAGUGCUGAUCAGAAUCAAGUGAGUAGGAAGUUAUGGAAUGAUGAGCUUAGUUUUGCACUUGGCCCUCACAAGCUCCCUUUUGGGUACUCACCAAUGAUAGGGUCAGAUGAGAUUCACACACCUGUUGCAGCAUUCUGCAUGCAGCUCCAUGAGGAGUUAAACCGAUAUAUGAAGUAUGAGAUUGGAGGGGAGUGCCCUAUGGAUUAUGAGCUUGCACAAAGGCUCAUGCUCAAAGGGUGUGAGCCUCUCCCUCGUAGGAGAUGCCACCCCAAGUCUCCUGCAAAUUAUGUGGAGCCAACACCUUUGCCUGAGAGCCUCUGGUCAACCCCACCAGACACCAGCAUUGUAUGGGAGGCUUAUGCUUGUAAAAGUUAUCAGUGCCUUGUUGACAGAAAGAACAAGCCUGGCUCAUACAACUGCAAGAGUUGCUUUGAUUUACAAGGGGAAGAGAGGAGUAGGUGGAUCUUUGAUGAUGGUGGACUUGGUUUUGGAAUAGACCAAGUUCUUGCAACCAAAGCUGCAGGGACAAUUCGAAUUGGACUUGACAUUGGUGGUGGAACAGGAACUUUUGCUGCAAGGAUGAGGGAAAGGAAUGUGAUCAUCAUCACUAGCACACUGGAUUUGGAUGGUCCUUUCAACAACGUCAUUGCAUCAAGGGGUUUGGUACCGAUGCAUAUUAGCAUCUCUCAAAGGUUUCCAUUCUCUGACAACACACUGGACAUUGUACACUCCAUGGAUGUGUUGAGUAAUUGGAUACCAGACACAAUUCUUGAGUUUGUACUAUUCGAUAUAUACAGGGUGUUGAGGCCAGGUGGUCUGUUCUGGCUUGAUCAUUUCUUUUGCUUUGCGUCACAACUCAAUAAAACUUACGUGCCUAUGUUGGAUCGAAUUGGAUUCAAUAGAUUGAGGUGGCACGUUGGAACCAAACUUCAUGGUGGGGCUCACAAGAAUGUGUUGUACAUUUCAUCCCUAAUGGAGAAACCAAUGACUUGAGAUUCAUUGCUGUAAAGGUGGUCUUGUUGGGAACUCACUAUACUCACCUCAUGAAAUCUAUGACUGGAUGAAGAGGAUGCCGCUAAUUCAGAUGUUAGGUUCAAACCGAGAGAUCGCAACAUUUCUUCAAUUUCUUUAACCACUUCACUCAUUGUGGGCCUGUCGACUCCUGAAUCUUGAAGACACUCCAUUGCAAGGUCAACAAACUUCUCAA